CUUCUCUCUCUUUAAUUUGACCCUUUUUCAUGAAUUUUCACAGAAACCGCGUUUUAGUGGGCCAUCCUUCUCCCUUAUCUCACUGAAGAAUUCAUGCCCUAAGAAGAAGAACUACUGACUUUUUGUAAUUUGUGCUUUGGAAAAACUUCAACUAUGGCUGAAAACGGAGAAGAGAAGCUCAUCGCUGUUGCUCGUCACAUUGCUAAAACCCUAGGACACACAGACACCAUGACCGACGACAUCCUCCAGAUUUUCUCCAACUUCGAUGGCCGAUUUCGCGAGAAAUUGGUGGAGAAAUUCACCGACGACGAUCCUAGAGCACUGGAACAGACUCUCAAGUCACUUAGUCGACAGAUCUCAAGGUACGUUUCCGCCGAAGAUUCUAUCUGGUUCAAUUCUGUUGACGCCUCCGCUUUCCUGGACGUAAUCGACGAUCUCCUCAAUGUUAUUCAUAAUUGGACUCCCAUGGCUCGUGAACCGCUUGUUGACGCUUGUCUUAGACGCGCUGAUGACUUGAUUCAGAAAGCUAUGUUUCGUCUCGAGGAUGAAUUCAAGACGGUCAUGGAGCGCGACUCGCAGCUCGACAGCGAGUCGUUUGAUCUUAAUAGAUACCGUAAAGGCGAUUCAACUGCCACUGCCGGCGACGGCGAUUUAUUAUCCGAUUUUUCUGGCGAUGAAGAUGAGGACGACGGAGAAACUAUAGUUCCGGUUGCACAUCCGAUUUCCGAUUAUAAUAUCGUUAUCGACCCUCUUGCCUCCGGUACGAUCAACGAUUUACAGGAGAUAUCGAAGCGGAUGAUUUCCGCAGGUUAUGUAAAAGAGUGCUCGAAUGUGUACAGCAGUUGCCGUAGAGAAUUUCUGGAAGAGAGCUUUUUUAGAUUAGGGCUUCAGAAACUAAGCAUAGAAGAAAUGUAUAAGAUGGAAUGGUCAGAUUUGGAUGACGAGAUUGAGAGAUGGAAAAGAGCUGCCAAUGUCGCGUUUAGGAUCCUAUUCCCAAGCGAGCGUCGUCUAUGCGAUCGCGUCUUCUUCAAUUUCUCUACAUCUGCAGACCUUUCAUUCAUAGAUGUAUGUAGGGGAUCAACUAUUCAGCUUCUUAACUUCGCAGACGCGGUGGCGGUCGGAAGUAGAGCCCCAGAACGACUGUUCAGAGUCCUCGACGUUUACGAAACUGUUCGCGAUCUGUUGCCAGAUAUGGAAGCUUUAUUUUCCGAUGAGCAUUGUUCAUCUCUAAAACACGAAGCUAUGAUGAUCUGGAAUCGGCUGGGAGAAGCCAUUAGAGGAAUAUUAAUGGAAUUGGAGAAUCUGAUUCGUCGUGACCCGGCUAAGGCUGCAGUUCCUGGAGGUGGGCUUCACCCAAUAACUCGAUAUGUGAUGAAUUACCUACGGGCAGCGUGCAGGUCUCGACAGACACUGGAGCAGGUGUUUUUCAACGAGAGUUCGCCUUCGUCUUCAUUAUCGGAUCAAAUUGCAUGGAUAAUGGAGCUGCUGGAGAGAAAUUUGGAGGCGAAAGCGAAUAUAUACAAAGACCCUGCUUUGAGUUCUGUUUUCAUGAUGAACAAUGGGAGGUACAUGGUUCAAAAAGUGAAGGGAGAUGAGUUGGGUAAUCUAUUAGGUGAGGAUUGGAUAAGAAAUCAGAACUCGAAAAUCAAGCAAUGUCAUGGGAAUUACCAGAGAAGCUCGUGGAGUAAAGUAUUGGGUUGUCUGAAACUGGAAAACAACUUAUCAUCUUCAAACUCGAGUAGUACGUCAAAGAUCCUGAGGGAGAAGCUGAAGUCUUUCAACAUCCAGUUUGAGGAGAUGUGUAGAAUCCAGUCUACAUGGGUGAUAUUCGACGAGCAGCUGAGGAACGAGCUGCGGAUUUCGGUGAGCAACCAUUUGACUGCUGGGUAUCGAAGCUUCAUAGGGAGAUUACAGGCGAUUCCAGAGAUGGGUAAGAACAUGGAAAGGCGGAUUAAGUAUAGUGUGGAAGAUGUGGAGGGGAGAAUCAAUGAACUGUUCAGAGGGAGCUGUGGAAGGAAGUGAAAAUGAAGAGAUCUGAAAUGUGUUGUGUAGUAUUGUUAUUAUUAUGUAAUCAUGGUUGUUGGAGUUUGUAGAAGAAGAAGCUUUGUCUGUAAGUGUUCUUGCUAUUCAUCCACACUUGAUACAUAUAUAUUAUAUAAUAUACAUGGCUGCCUUUCAGUAAAACAAGUUGGAUCAUACAUAGGUAACAAAAUAUAAAUUCAGAUGUCCCCAAA